AUGGAGUCUGGAUCUCCCACGGACGAACUCGACACACCUAACUCAUUGAGAAAACGGCAGUUGAUUAGGAGUGAUUCCAACUAUACUCAAAGUGAAAAUUCACAAUCUGAUGACAAUGAAUCCGCAUAUGAACCUAGCCCUAAGCACCAUUCAGUUCAGCACCCUACGAUAAUCAUUCCCGUCGGAAAUCGGUUAGACUCCGGGCGUAUAAACAGACAGUUGCAACAGAACACGAGCCCGUACAAUAAUUUUCAAAACCCGUCAAUCGACAUACCGGCGUUUGACCAGGAGCUGCUUCAAACGGAUUAUAUGUCACAGAACAUAUUUGACCAGGGCGACAACCAGUCGGUCCGCUCGGAUGCGAGAGACGACUGCCAAAUCGUCAACAUUGUGCACAGCAGCUGCUCAAACAACAGCUCCGUCACAGUGGAUUCGCUCAACAGAUUCAACAUGUUUUCAUCACAAAACGGAUCAACCUCAGAUCCCAUACUUGUCGAAGACUCAGCGAACACGUCCCUGGACGGCACAAAUCAUGACCCCAACGCAAACGGACUUACGAACAGCAACUGUGAAUCAAACGACGUGGAAAUCGCAGCAGACACUUCAACCCAGAACUCAUCCACCAACUUAUCGACGGCCAAUUUAAUCAACGCUUCUGACAACAGGGAGCAGGACAACGACGACUGCAUCAUGGGACCCAUACACUGGUCAAACAAAAGACCGGCCUUAUAUCCUUUGGACUACUACAGGGCGAACAGGAACUUCUCAAACGCCUACAAGUUCCUGGACACUGAGAGGCCUGCGGAGCUAAACAGCCUCGACGACAUAGAGUUCCUGUUCAAGUGCCCGAUUUGCUACUCGACCAUCACGAGGCUGCGUUCAGGCAAGGUGCCGAACGAGAACGACAAGGUGAUUUACUCCACCAAGUGCGGUCACCUGUUCUGCUACGAGUGCAUCGAAAACAAAGGAGUGCUCGAUAUGCCGGAAGCCAGUCAGGGACAAGUACCAGUACCACGUCGUGUUUCCGUGAAGCGCCAAGCUUUCAACUGCACUUACACACUUUAA